GUGUGCAUCGAGAUGGACCAGAUGAACGGCUGCCUGCACUCGGAGAAGAUCUGCAUCCUGCCGCUGCUGGCCUGCCUGCUGAGCCUGGCGCUCUGCACCGCCGGCCUCAAGUGGGUCUUCGUGGAUAAGAUCUUCCAGUACGACCCGCCGACCCACUUAGACCCCAAACGCAUCGGGCAGGACCCCAUUUUGAUAUCGGUCACUCCCACGCUGGGACUCGCCAUGUCCACCCCUCAGUACCCGGCUCUCUCCUCCCUGAGCACGGCCAGCACCCCGGGGGGUCCGGGUGUUCUGGCGGAGGAGAGGUCGACCCCCCCGAGGCCGUCCACGCCGGAGCCUCCACGGGGGACGCGGGCCGGUCCCUCCGUGACACUGAAGUACAGCGCCGGCCCCGAGCAGACGCCCCCCCCUCGCAGCGAACGGCCAUUAAACGACAUCAUCGUCCCGACGAUCGCCGCCACCAGCACCACCACCACGGCCAAGACCUCCAGUCACGUGACGCGCUGCAGCGACCGACAGAGGAACUACUGCGUCAACGGCGGGAAGUGCUUCACCCUGGAGAUCCUGCCGGGCACCACCAAGUUUCUUUGCAGAUGUCCAAAUGAAUUUACUGGAGAUCGCUGCCAAAAAUAUGUAAUGGCCAGCUUCUACAAACAUCUUGGGAUUGAGUUUAUGGAAGCCGAGGAGCUGUAUCAGAAACGCAUUUUAACAAUAACAGGGAUCUGCAUCGCGCUCCUCGUGGUGGGGGUCAUGUGCGUCGUCGCCUACUGCAAGACCAAGAAGCAGAGGAAGAAGCUCCACGACCACCUGAGGCAGAGUCUGAGGAAGAAGAAGAGGAACAACAACAACAACACCAACCUGACGAGCUCAGCUAGAGGCCGUCAGGGCUCCGGCCUGCCGCUGCAGGACCUGCAGCUGCAGGACCUGCAGCUCACCGAUCGGUGCGUUGGGCCUGCGCUGCGUGACGGGGAGACGGAGACGAACCUCUCCACGAGUAAGAAGGCGUUACUGGGUCACGAACCUUCAGCCAGCACCGACAUGUCCGUCAAGAGCUGGACUAAUGACUGGGGCAGCAGUCUUCUGUCCGACACUGAGUCUGUCUCGGUGAUGUCAUUGCCGGAGAAUAGCCAACGCGCCGCCGCCUCACAGGGCGGCCGAGGUCGUCUGUACGCCACCGGCGGCGGCGGCAGAGACUUAAGUGCUCACUCAGAGAAGUGCUGAGACACACCCGCCUCCAACAGCCUUAAAGUACAAGGGGUGCAGCCGCCGCCACAUCCCAGACGCCGCUGUCUCUCGAGUCCCAGACCUCUCCCGCGACUCCGGGGUCUCCUC